UCCUCUUUCUCGCUACGCGCCCCUCCCGCCACUGACCUGUGGGCCUCGGCCCCGGACACCUGCAUCUUCACCGCCCCGUUCAUCUACCAGGCAAUGCCCCUGGCCUCCUUCCGACGGGCCCGCGUCACCAUCUCCGCGGAGCUAGCCGACCAGCCCUACGCCCAGGCCGGCCUGGCUCUGCUGCUCCCGCAGUCCGACGGCCAACGCAGAUGGGUGAAGACCGGUGUCGAGGUUCUGGGGGGUAGGCGGGUCCUGGCGACGGUGGGGCGGGAUCGGUGGCCGGAUUGUAGUCUCGUGGCUGCGGAUCCUGCCCUGGGCAGGGUGACGGUGGAAUUGAUGCGGCAGGGGGAUAAUUUGGUGGUUAGCCGCGUGAUGAGUACGGAGAGUGGGGAGGCGGAGAGGGAAAUUCUCCGUGAGUUGGGGUGGGUGUUUGCUUCGUCGGUUGGGUAUACGAUUCAGGAGCAGUGCUGGGUUGGGGUCUUUGUUGCGAAUCCGUCUGGUGAGGCGGAGGCGUUUGAUGUGCGCUUUGAAGGACUGGUUGUGGAG